UUCUGCUUUGGGAAGCCAGGGGAGCUGGAAAAGCUUUCAUGGGGCAGUUCUGCUACAGUUGUUCAACUGUGACAUGACCGAUAGUAAGAAACGACAGUCAGCGAGAGCAGGAAAGCAAAGCCGAAAGACAAGACACCUUUAACGACAGCGCGGUAGCAGGAACACGUGUGUGCUCUUUUUGGUCCAAGGAAAUCCAGAGUUGCACAAAGAUGGAAAGCUGUUUGAUAGAAGACAAGAAAACCUUUUACUCGAAGGCAGAACUCUAUUGGAAGGAAGUCCCGCCCACUGUGGAUGGAAUGCUGGGAGGUUAUGGCAGCAUUUCCAGCAUCGACAUUAAUGGCUCCAAAAAGUUUCUUCAAAAAUUCCUUGGGGAAGGCCAGGGUAAGACUGGGACAGGCUGUGCUCUGGACUGCGGCGCUGGAAUUGGCCGCAUCACUAAGCGCCUGCUCCUGCCCCUCUUCCGCACAGUGGACCUAGUUGACGUGACACAGGAGUUUCUGGAUAAAGCUCGUAGCUACCUGGGUGAGGAGGCUAAGCGAGUGGAGAACUACUUCUGCUGUGGCCUACAAGACUUUCAGCCCCAGCCAGAACGCUACGAUGUCAUAUGGAUCCAGUGGGUGAUUGGUCAUUUGACCGAUGACCACCUGGUGGAAUUCCUGAGGCGUUGCCGUAGCGGCCUGCGUCCAAACGGACUGAUUGUGGUGAAGGAUAAUGUUGCGUAUGAAGGUGUAAUACCCGAUAAUGUAGACAGCAGCGUGUGUCGGGACCUGAAUGUGCUACGUCGCCUAGUAGGCCGGGCCGGACUCAACAUCAUCUGUGAGGAGCAGCAGCAGAACUUCCCUGAGGAAAUCUAUCAGGUCCACACUUUAGCGCUCAGAUAGCUGUGAGCACUGAACGAGAGGGCUCUAUGUGUUUGUUCGGAAGCUAAUAAUGUGAAAGCAAGUUAAGAUCGAUGUUAGCGACACAAGAAGCUACGUGUUACUGCCAAUGUGAUCACCAUUUUUUAAAAAAAAAAAAGGCACAA